ACUAAUUUCAUUGUCUAUGUUGUGUCUGUCAUGGACGUGUUUACAAUUUAUUUUAGUGCUCGUGUGAUUUUAAUUAAAACAGUGCUAAGGGCUCUAGGACGCUGAAUAACUGAUAUUAGUUUUAAUAGUUGAUAUAAAUUAAUCACAAUGAAUAGAGAUAAACGAGAACCAGAGUAUCCAACGGAGUUGGAGUCUCAAUUCGUAAUGCGUUUACCUGAGGAGCCUGCAAAAGUUUUGAGAGAAGUGUUGAAAUCCGGAGAGAACCUGAAAAACAGACUGACGAUACAAAUAGAAAACGACAUGCGCACGGGCGAGGUAAGGUUUGAUCACUGGUUGAUGCACGCCAAGAUCGUGGAUCUACCAACCAUCAUAGAAUCUCUAAAAACGAUCGACAACAAGAGUUUCUACAAAACAGCAGAUAUAUGCCAAAUGAUGAUUUGUAAAGAAGAACCUGACCAACCAUCCACAGAGGAAGAGUCACCAGCUAAAAAUAAGAAAAAAGAUCCAUACAAAGUUGACAAAAAGUUCCUAUGGCCACACGGCAUCACACCGCCUACGAAGAACGUACGGAAGCGUCGAUUUAGAAAAACCCUUAAAAAGAAGUAUGUAGAAGCACCAGAAAUUGAAAAGGAAGUGAAGAGGCUGCUGAGAGCAGACAAUGAGGCUGUUAGUGUUAACUGGGAGGUCAUCAAGGAGGAAGAUGACCAUCCCAAACAAGAACAGAGUGCGCCUGUUAAUCUCAAACCAGAGAAGAAAACUAAAGCUGAACGUAAUCCCAAACGAGAGUCUGUCUCUGUUGAUGUAUCUAACCAUGAGUCUUCCAAUGUUGUGGACAUAUUUGGUGGAGCAGUCAGUGACUCGGAUUUGGAGGAUGAUAAUAUUAAUGUGGAGAUGGAAGACAGUCGGUUGUCAGCUUAUGACAGUAGACUAUCUGACACCAACUCCAUGCAUGGUGAGGGUCCAUCAAAGAGUACAAUGCCUACUCAAUUUAGAUCGCACAUGUUCCAAUCACCUCAAGACCUUGCUCCAAAGUCAUUCCCAGGUCACAGCAGGGCGACUACUCCAGCAGCAUCAGGGAUGUCAAAAAGUGGAGGCUUAUCAUCAGAGGAUGAUGGUGACUACCAACCGAGAGAUAAUAUGUCUAAGGACAAUAUGACUUUAAGGAUUGAGCAGUUAAGAGCUGAACUUGAAGAGUUAAAACAGAGGAGACAGAGGACUCAGCAUGAGAUUGCUGGCAUGGAGAACUUGGCAUUGAGGCAGAGGUUCCAGGAUAUUCUGCAUACUCUUAACCAGGACAUCAUGUACAAGGAGAUGGAAUACCAGGGCCUGCUGACGCUGCAAAAUUCUGAUGAUAUCUAGCAUUAAGUUAGAUUGUUAGAUAUAUCUGUCCCGUGUCUAACAAUCUAUUGUAUGUCUGAGGUGAAUUAUAGCUCUGUAAGGAUACUACUUGUUAUAAGAUUACAAAGCAAACAAAAAUCAUGAAUGUAUAGUCUAUCUCAAUCAGUAGAUACUUAUUAUUGUAAUGCUGCUCUAAAUAAUUAGACUUGUAGUUACUUAUGGAGUCUUAAAUUCAUAUUGAUUACAUAGAUAGUUAAUGCUUAAAAUAUUAUACUAUAGUAUUGUUAUUUCCUGAAUAAAGCAUUUAUUGAUA